AUGUCUUUUCAGGACACGCAUAUCGAAGCUGGCACACUUGUAUUCACCCUUCCACUAUCCAAAAGCGGCACUAGACAACAGAAGCCCAAGCGAUGCGCAGGGCAGCCAAUUUACUUUGGACUUACCCUGAACUACGAGUCUGGGCCCAUCCUCUGGCCUUGGAAAGGUUUCCUCUGCUCAGGAGUGCCCCUAGAUGCCGUAUGCCUCCUGGAUGGCAUGACAGAAGUCACCGUGAGAGCCGACGCUGUCUGGAACUAUGAUGACAACGAGAGACGCCGCAUCACCAACUUCAACAAAGAAUAUGUCAAGGAGAACGCCUGCCGGGCCAUCAAGAAAUGGUCUCGUGAAGGUUCCCAUCCCCAGCCGACCAUCGACGCCGAAGACAGUGCGUUGCACAUCGCGCAAUUGAAGCUUGGAGCUUCGUGUGUUCGCCCUGAAGCGGAGCGUAUGGCCAAAGUUGCCGACGAAGUUGAGAACAAACCCCCUGGGCGCAGUCCGGUCUUCCCGUGA